AUGAGUGCUCCUGGCGCAUAUCUCUUCUCCGGAGGUCUGCCCUCGUUGGCGGCGCUUCUGACCGCUCCGUCAAAGAUGCAUACGCUCGACCUUCAAAGCUACCCAGGCGCCUCCGACUGGCACUUGGAAGCUUUGCACGCGCUACGGCUUGCGCAACCAUCGCUGAUCAUCCUGCUCGUCUUGAUAUCUUUGGCAAGACCCUAUGUCUUGGCUAGAGCUCAGAUACGGGUUGCAGAUAUCGAUACCGAGGCAGAUGCUGCGGCUCCAUCAUCCGGCAGGCUCUCUCCCACCAGCGCAGCGCCCCAGCCCACGCCCGUCAUGAUCCCAGUCCGUUCGAGGAGGAGAGCGCUGAAUCAUUUUCUGCUUCUGGCGCUUGCUGCCACGCACGUCGCGUCCGGAGGCCUCAUCGCCCUGCGCGCCGCUCUUCCUGACCACAUAUGGACUCCUUCUCUCCCUCGGUGGGUCGGAUCGGACAUUGCUGCCCUGAUUGGCUUGCUCGCCUGGGCACUUGUCGCCGGGGCCUGCGCCAUCGAGGCUCGAAGUCGGGGUCAAUAUGGUCGUGGAAAGGUGCUCGGUUCCAUAUUGAUUGGUGCAUUCACUGAUGCUGCAGUUCUUGGGCUAUACGCCUCGAGCGGCGACUCGGACUUUCCCAAGACCGGAAGGUGGACAGCGGCGCAGCUGGCCAUCAUUCUCGUCAGAUUGGCGGUUCUGUAUCCUGCAUGUGCCCUCGCCUGCUCCGACUCGACCCAGUUCGUUCGAGCUGCCGAUCUACGUGCGAAUGCUGCCGCGCGUGCUAGAGAACAGCAAGCUGUCGGCGCCUCUUCCAGCCGAGCAGCAGCACCCGCUAGUGAAGCAUCCUCUCUCCUGACUGGGCCAGCGAACGGAACGAACACGAACUAUGGCUCCACAGGUGCAUCCACGCCUAUUCCCACGAAUGGGGCAAAUACCCCGGCGAACCAGCAAGCACCUAAGCAGGCAGGCGCUCCAGGUCAAGCUUCCGGCGUGAUGGGCCUCUCCGUUGGUGCCAAUACGCCAGCUCCUACUGUCAAAAUCUUUGCGGCAAGGAUAGCGUCGCUUUUUCCUUACCUGUGGCCAAAGGAUUCCAUCUCUUUGCAGAGUCUUGCUCUCCUCUGCGCGCUCAUCCUUGUAGCCGGACGGAUCGUCAACUUGUUCGUGCCAUUGACACUUGGAAAUGUGGUCGAUGAUCUCACGGAGGGUACAACACCCUGGGCAGACUUGGUGCUUUAUGCUGGACUCAAAGCAUUGCAAGGCAAUGGUGGGCUGUUAAGCGUCGCGCAGGUGAGUCAUUCGAAGGGACAGUGCCGCUGAAAGCUUCACACACAGAGAUCUGGAAAGCUCAUCUCGCCGAAUCUCUCGUUUGGUCAGAGCUACGCUUGGAUCCCGGUCGAGCAAUGGUCUGAUAGGGCUCUCAGCAUCAUGGCGUUUGAGAAGCUCUUGGAUCUCAGCAUGGCGUUCCACACGAAGCGCAAGACUGGUGAAGUGCUGCGCAUCUUGGACAGAGGCAGCGUCAUCUCUUCGUUCUUUCAGUACCUAUUCUUUCAGGUAACUCCCAUUUUUGUGGACCUGGCUGUUGCCGUAUUCUUCUUAUGGCGCAGAUUCGGUUGGGGCACCGGAGUGACAUUGGCUGUGGUCAUGGUCGUUUACACUUGGGUGUCCGUUGCGAUGACUACUUGGCGAACGGCCCUGCGACGUCAAGCCAACAACCUCGACUCCGUGUCCAGAGCUAUUCACGCCGACUCGCUCCUCAAUUGGGAGACCAUCAAGGGCUUCAGCGCCGAGAGCUACGAGGUCGAGCGGUACCGGAAAGCUCUUUUGGCUUACCAAGCAAGCGCCUUUAAAGUCACCGCUUCGCUCUCCCUGCUCAACAUGGUGCAGAAUCUGAUCAUCACCUUUGGAACCCUCCUCGCAUCUCUCCUUGUUGCUUCGGCAGUCGUUCGAGGCGAGGCGACCUCGAGUGACUUUGUUGUGAUGCUUACUUACGUCACUCAAGUAGUCGGUCCCCUCAACUGGCUGGGAACGUUGUAUCGAGUCAUUCAGCAGAAUUUGGUACGUGGUUCACCUCUUGCAUAAUAAUGUGUUGAGAAGCAUUGCUGAGCAUCCUUUCUGCAUGGCACUAGGUGGAUACCGACAAGCUCGUGGAGCUUCUUGCGCAAGAGAGCGACGUGAAAGACCUCCCUGGCGCACAGGACCUCGUCGUCACAAACGGAGAAAUCGAAUUUCGUGACGUGGUUUUCUCAUACGAUGGCAAGGUCAAUGCCCUGGCUGGUGUCAGCUUCAAGAUCAACAUGCGCUCCUCGUGCGCUUUGGUGGGAGAAUCAGGCGCAGGCAAGAGCUCCAUCCUCCGCUUGCUGUACCGCUUCUACGACAUUCAAUCCGGACAGAUUCUCAUUGAUGGGCAGGACAUUUCCAAGGUAACGCAAAAGUCUCUCCGCAAAGCUAUCGGAAUCGUACCCCAAGAGCCAUCCCUUUUCAACACGGACAUUAAGCACAACAUUCUGUACGGCGAUCACAAUGCAAGUGACGAAGGCGUCGAGGCAGCUGCAAGAGCAGCCCAGAUCUGGGACCGUAUUCAAGGCUUCCCCGAUGGCAUGGGCACAGUGGUAGGCGAGCGGGGAGUCAGACUGUCGGGUGGGGAGAAGCAGAGAGUCGCUCUGGCACGCACGUUCCUCAAGAACCCGAAGAUCUUGCUGCUUGAUGAAGCCACAUCUGCUUUGGACACAUCCACCGAGCAAUUGCUCCAAACCGCGCUAUCUACCCUACUUGAUGGCCGAAGCAGCUUGACUAUCGCGCAUCGUCUCAGCACGAUCGUCAACUCGGAUCGUAUCGUCGUGAGUGAAGGCGAGAUCGGCGAAUGAUGACACUGGCCGCAUUACUCACGGCUUCAAUCUGUUGAUUGCAGGUACUUGAUGCCGGUAGAGUUGUCGAGAGUGGAAGUCACACGGAUCUUGUUGGGCGCAAUGGCGUUUAUGCAGGCAUGUGGCGAGCCCAGAUCAACGAAGCCAAGAGUGCCUCGGGUGAAGCUCUGAGCAAAGAAGAUGCCAAGCUGCCUGGAGAAGAAGUCGCUUCUGGAUCAGCCGGGACUGCCACCCAACCGACAUCGGCUGUCCGCGACGAAGGUGCGAGCACUUCCCCAUCCGCCCCAAAGAAUUUCCUCGGAAUUCUUCCAGUGACGAGCCCAGGCGCAGGGGAGCCGCCCGCCUCGCUAUCGCCAGUGAAGGAGUCGCCGCGGGCAGAGCAGGCGAGCGCUGCGGAAGAAGCAAACGGAAGGUCAUUUGCACAGGUUGAGGCAAACCAGAGUGAGGUCACUGCGACAGCAUCGCCUGCCCUCGCGCCAUAUCAAGUGCCAGAUGCUGCAGCUGAAGCGGAUGCGGACCCACAAAGCUCCGUAUCGGCAGAAGCGAACGCAGGCGUCUCCAGCAGUGUUACAGCUGCCCCAGCGACUGUGCCGGUACCAGAUGCAGACGAGACCAAGGCGUCGGUGAGCUUCCCUGCGACCGCCGCAGAGAUGAGCGGAUCGCCCGAGCAAAGUCGCGUGGAAAGAUCAGAGCCUAGCGAGUCAGAUUCUCCUAGCAAAUUCAGGCAACGCAUCACUUCACUCGUCAGAAAGGUAUCCUCGUCCACGGGGGCACCUUCGACAUCAGAAGGCGCGGUGCUACCUUCGUCUGGCUCGACCGGCUUGCUCACAGGUGUUUCGCGCGGUCAUUCACGAGCUGGAUCGAGAAAGGGAUCCGACGCAAUUGUUCAAGACGCUGUUACUGCUCGUAUGCGCACCGUCUCGCAGGCCGACAGCGUGGCCACAGACGCCGAUGCUCACCCCUCCAGUGAAAUCACUGCUGAGUCGCAAGGCGGGUCGAAGAAGAAAUCGGGCGCUAGCAAACGUCGCAAGAACAAGGGCAAGAAGAAUUGA